AUGUCGGCUGUCAACGAUAAUAGAGACAAUGGCCCAGAAGGCAUGGAGCCGGAUGGCGUCAUCGAGAGCAACUGGAAUGACAUUGUGGACAGUUUUGAUGAUAUGAACCUGCGUGAGGAUUUGCUGCGAGGAAUUUACGCCUAUGGUUUUGAAAAGCCUUCUGCCAUCCAACAGAGGGCCAUUCUUCCUUGUAUCAAGGGUUAUGACGUGAUUGCGCAGGCCCAGUCUGGCACCGGCAAGACUGCCACAUUUGCCAUUUCUAUUCUUCAACAGAUUGAUGUGACGCUGAAAGGCACCCAGGCUCUGGUCCUGGCUCCCACCAGGGAGUUGGCUCAACAGAUCCAGAAGGUGGUGCUGUCUCUAGGCGACUACAUGGGCGCCAGUUGCCACGCUUGCAUCGGCGGGACCGACAUCCGCUCCGAGGUCCAAAAGCUGCAGUGCGAGUCCCCUCACAUUGUGGUGGGGACCCCCGGCCGUGUCUUUGACAUGUUGAGCCGUAGGAACAUCUCUUCUAAAUUCAUUAAAAUGUUCGUGCUGGAUGAGGCUGACGAGAUGCUGAGCCGAGGCUUCAAGGACCAGAUCUACGAGAUUUUCCAGAAACUGCCCGGCAGCACGCAGGUCGUCCUUCUUUCGGCCACCAUGCCGACCGACGUUUUGGAGGUCACUAAGAAAUUCAUGCGCGAACCCAUUCGCAUCCUGGUCAAACGAGAGGAGCUGACUCUCGAGGGUAUCCGCCAGUUCUACGUCAACGUGGAGAAAGAGGAGUGGAAACUGGACACCUUAUGCGACCUGUACGAGACUCUGACCAUCACCCAGGCGGUCAUCUUCAUCAACACGAGGAGAAAAGUGGACUGGCUCACCGAGAAAAUGCAGUCCAGGGACUUCACCGUUUCCGCUAUGCACGGUGAAAUGGACCAGAAAGAGCGCGACUUGAUCAUGAGGGAGUUCCGUUCCGGCUCCAGUCGAGUCCUCAUCACCACUGACUUGCUGGCUCGCGGUAUCGACGUGCAACAAGUCUCGCUGGUCAUCAAUUAUGACCUGCCGACCAACAGGGAAAACUACAUCCACAGGAUCGGUCGCGGCGGACGUUUCGGCAGAAAAGGAGUGGCCAUCAACAUGGUGACCGACGACGACAAGCGGAUCCUGCGGGAUAUCGAGACCUUCUACAACACCACCAUUGAGGAGAUGCCCAUGAAUGUGGCUGAUCUUUUCUAA